CAAGUAUCGCUAAAUGUUGAGUCCUCGUGGAGUGAACGCAAACUCUUCGUCAACCCAACUAAAAGAAGCAGCGGAGGCUGAGGUAGAAGUUGUGAAUAAUGUAAACCCAGCCGAUGUUGAUGGAACUAAUGAAACUUCUGAAUUUGCUUUAUAUCAACUUUAUAAACGUAAUUUUGAAUCGGAUACACUCGAUGAUUUAUCACUCAUAAAAGAACCAACUGAUCAGACAGUCACACGAAUACUCAAAAACAGAUAUAGUAACAAACAGCCAGAUAUCAAUGGAGGAGUUUCUCAAUUUUAUACCUAUCUUGGUCCAACAAUAAUUGCUAUCAAUCCAUAUUCCAAAACAAAGAAUUAUAAGAAUCAUGUCAAGACUUUCUAUCACGCCAAACAACCCUAUGAAAUUGGUCCUCACUUAUAUUCUCUCGCGGAGGAUGCCUAUAGACAAAUGAAGGAAACCGGUCAGGGACAAACUGUUGUGGUCUCUGGUGAGAGUGGUGCAGGUAAAACAGAAAGUUGUAAAAUCCUACUUGAAUAUAUUAGUGCCAUUUCAAUUUCUGGAUUAAUUACAGAAAAUAUUAAACGUAUUCUUAUUGAAGCAAAUCCAGUAUUAGAAGCUUUUGGUAAUGCUAAAACAUUGAGAAACGACAAUAGUAGUCGUUUUGGUAAAUAUAUGGAAAUAUUCUUCAAUUUCAAAGGACAAUUAGAAGGAGCACACAUUACAACAUCACUGUUAGAAAAAUCACGUGUAGUGUCACAAAGAAAAGGUGAAAGAAAUUUCCACAUUUUCUAUCAAAUGUGUGCCGGUGCAGAUGAAUCAAUGAAAAAGGAUUUGAAAUUGGAAGAAGCAAAAAAAUUCAAUUAUUUAACUGCAAACGGUUUAAAUUCUUCAUCUAGUUCCUUAACUAUUAACGGCAUGAAUGACAAGUUAGAAUUUAAGAAUACUAGACAAAGCAUGACUGAAGCUGGUAUUUCAGUUUUAGAACAAAUGGAAAUUUUCAGACUUUGUGCUGGUAUUCUACACUUGGGUAAUGUCAAGUUUAAGGAUUUAAAUGUAAAUGGUAAAGACACAGCAGAAAUUGAUAAUAAGGAUACAUUGAGAACAGCAGCUUUCUUAUUCCAAGUUGAAUUUGAUACACUCAGAGAGGCACUUUUAUAUAGAACUAUUCACGUUGGUAAGGAAGCAACAAAAACAGUUCAAAAUUCUACAAUGGCUUCAUUCAAUAGAGAUGCACUUGCAAAGGGUAUCUAUGAAAGAUUAUUUUCAUGGCUCAUUCGUCGUAUCAAUUCAGCUGUAAAAAGACCUGAUGAUGCAAAAUAUUCUAUAGGCAUUCUUGAUAUUUAUGGUUUUGAAAUUUAUGAAAAACAUACAAAGGAAAAAAAUACUCUAGAACAAUUGAACAUUAACUUUGUAAAUGAAAAGAUUCAGCAACAUGUGCAAAAAUGGUUACAAGCUGAACAAGAUGAAUAUGUAAGAGAGGGUAUUCCAUAUAAUCCAAUUCCAUUGAAAAAUGUUGAUCAAACAGUUGAAAUUAUUGAAGGAAAACCAUUUGGUAUUUACAAAUUGUUGGAUGAAGAAUCUCUCCUUCCAAAUUGUACUGAUGAAAGAUACAUGCAAAAAUUGAAUACUAAUUUUGGAACUGGAUGGGCUUGCUAUGAAAAAUCCAAGUUUGCAGGAUUAAUAUUUGAUUUGAAACAUUUUGCUGGUAAAGUAACAUAUGACGUUGAAGGAUGGAUUUCAAUGAAUAAGGAUACACUGUUUGAAGAUUUAGUUUUUGCUAUGAGAAAAUCACAAUCAGGUCUCAUGCAACAAAUCUUCCCUAGAGAUGAAAAAAUUGAAUUUGGUAAAUUGCAAAAAACCACAACAAUGCAAUUUACUGAAGAUGUUUUCAAAUUUGUUGGUAAAAUGAAAGGAAAACAUCAUCACUUUGUAAAAUGUAUCAAACCAAACCAUGAGAAGAAACCAAAUGAAUUUAUUGAUGAAGUUGUCAUGGAACAAGUUAAAUAUUUAGGUAUCACUGAAAAUGUACACGUUAGAAAUAGUGGUUAUUAUUUCAAGAUGGACUUUGAUAAAUUCUUGGAUCGUUACAAACUUUGUUCAGAUUCAACAUGGCCACGUUGGAAUGGAACUCCUAAAGCUGGUGUAAAGAAAAUUCUUCAAGAAAUGAAAAUUCCAAAAUCUAAAUAUUCCCUAGGCAAAUCAAAGGUUUUCCUCCAAACUCCAAUUCAAUUAUUUGCAUUGGAUGAAAAAGUGGCAUCGAGAAGAAUUGAAAUGGCCUCCAUCAUUCAAAGAAACUUUAGAAAGUACAAAGCCAGACAAAAAGUAUUGGCAGAACAACAUUUACAAAAAGCUCUCGAAAAAACAUUUGGUGAAAAAUGUGAUAAUUUAUUCCAAAGACCUGUAAACCAAAUUAAUUUCAAAACAGGCGAAAGACAGAGAAAAUUAUUGGUUGUCUCUCCUUCUGCAAUCUACCUUGUUGAUCCAAAGACAUACACAGUUUUAAAGAGAGUUCAAUACAAGAUGAUUGACAGUUUGAAAUGUUCAGCUCUCAACGAUGAAGUUUUCAUUGUUUCUGUACCACAACUCCAUGAUAUUAUGCUCGAAGCUGACAGUAAGAAUGAAGUGAUGAAGGCCAUUCGUGACUCGUACGAUUUAUUCUUCUCACACAUUAAUAAGGAUAAUAAUAGUGGAGCACCAUCCAAUACUCCUAACAGUGACAAUACAACCAAUAAUGCCAACAAUACGGAUCCAUCAUCAUCCAAUGCAGGAGAAAAUUCAACAACAGAUGAUUCUAAUAAGCAAGCAGUGGCUUCUGUAAAUUCUGAUGAUCAUCGUGUCAAGACUCUUCGUGUUGAUAUUGGUGAAGAAUUUGUUUUCCAUCCACUUAAAGCUAUGUCAAAGACUGUUAAAUAUGUUAAGAAUUACAAUGCCAAGUCAGGUACAACCAUUGAAGUUACGACUGAAGGUUUAGUGAUUAGUUCAAAACCAAGUGAUGAUGUUUUUGAUGGCAUGAAAUUGAGAAGAAAAACAUCCUUCCACAAGAAAUUCUAUGGUGACUAUAUUCACUUGGCUAAAUCUGAUUUGAUGAAGAAGAUCACUGAAGAUUUUGGUGAUCAAGAAGUUCACUUCUCCAGUGUUGUAACAAAAUAUAACAAAAAGUAUAAGAAACAGGAAAGAAUAUUGUUAAUUACUGAGAGAGCCAUCUAUAAUAUCGAUCCAAAUGGUUAUAUUAUCAACAGACAAAUCCCAAUGAGAAGAUUGAAGGCCAUUACAGUUUCUCCAUAUACAGAUGGUUUCUUUGUAAUUCACACUCCAGAUGAAUAUGAUUACAUCUUUGAAAGUAACAAAAAGACUGAAAUUCUUAAAGUCUUAUCAGAAAGUUUCACAAAUGCCACUCGUGCUAAAAUGAAAUUCUUCGUCAAGAAUUCAAUUAAACACAGAAUGAAGAAGGGUUUCGAACAAAGAUUAGAUUUUAAGGAAGUUGAUAUUAUUCGUGGUAAUGUUGUUACUGCAACUGAUUUUGGUGCCGAAGUUCAAGUUAAGGUUGAAGAAGUUAUGAGUAAUGAUUUGGAUACCAAUGUUGUUCAAGAUAUUUAUCAAGGUCAAAAACUCAGAAGAAAGGACUCUCUCCUCAAAUGGUACUUGGGUGAUUAUUUACACGUUGCCAGUACUAAACAAUUCGAAAAGAUCAAGAAGGAAUUUGGUGAUUCUCAAUUAUUAUACAGUGGUCUUGUUCAAAAGAUUAACAAACGUUACUUGGUUCAAGAUCGUAAAUUACUAGUCACUGAUCAAGCUGUUUAUAACUUGGAUAAUGAUUUGAAGGUGUUGAGAAGAAUUCCAUUCAAGGAGAUUGCUGGUAUUAGUGUUAGUACUAUGAGAGAUGGUUUCUUUAUUCUUAAAGUUCCAGGUGAAUACGAUUACAUUUUCUCAAGCUCUUCAAAGACUGAAAUUAUCAAGGCCAUUAUGGAUGCCAAAAAGAAGGUGGAAAACAAGUCACUAGAAUUACAAGUUGACGAUAAACUUGUCUAUACUGUUCACAAAGGAAAGGGUGUUAAAACUCUUGAUUUCCAAGAUGAUUUGACAGUUAAAUCAACACUAAUUUUCCCAACUAGUACAGGUGCUCUCAUUCGUGUUAAUAAUAUGGAAGUUGAAGAGAACAAACAAGAAAAUCAACAAGAAGAGAAGAACAAUAUGGUAAGCGAAGUCAAACAAAGUAUUGGUUCAGAUUUAUACAAGGGUAGAAAGGCAAGAAAAAAGGCCUCAAUGAUGAGAGAAUAUAUGGGUGAUUAUCUUCCAAAUCACUAUAACAAAUUAGUUCAACAACUCCUUCAAAAGAAUGGUGAUACUCAAGUGUUGUUUGCCUCUGAAGUGUUAAAGAUUAAUAAGAAUCUUAAAACUCAAAAACGUAUCAUGAUUAUUACUGAUAAGCACAUUUAUAAUAUCGAUCCACAAGAAUUCAAAGUUAAACGUAUCAUUGAUUUGGAUGAAAUCGAAGGAGCCUCUAUGAGUCCUUUUGCCGAUGAUAAUUUUUGUUUACACGUUCCAAGUUCAUAUGAUUACUUGUACGAUUCUGAUAAGAAAUCUGAAAUUAUGGACGUAUUAUCAAAUGCAAUCAUGAAGAAAUCUCAAAAGAAACUUCCAAUUAAUAUUGCUGAUACUUUCUCGUUCUCUCCAGGUGGUAAUGAUGUUGUUAAUAUUAACUUUGUUGAAGAUAGCAAUGCAAAUGAAACAUUUAUUGAACCACACAACAAUAAUUUGGUUGUUCGUGUAAACCAUAAGGAGCCAGGUGUAGUUUUAGAAGCUGCCUAUGUCUACGUUACAAGACAUGCCUCAGAAAAAGAAAAAGAGAAUGUUAAACCAAUUGAAGUCAAAUCCAAUCCAAUUCUUAUCAAAUUGAGAAAGAGAUGGAAGUAUAAGUUGGAAAUUCGUUUCUAUGUCAAUGAAUAUCUUUCACAAUGUUCUUUCCACGAAAAGAUCGAUACUGUUGGUUCUAGAAUUGAAUUUGUUUCUCAAGUUUCAGAGUUGGAGCCUCGUGAAGAACGUUACGUUAUUACACUGCCUGAACGAGAUGUUGUGUAUUCCCUCCUCUCAAAGACAAGAGUUAAGUGUAAACUUAUUGAUCCAAUGGGAAGAACCUUAUUGGCAGUUCGUUUCGUUUACGAUGUAAGAUAAACCAAUUUCAUAUUUAAAUAAAAAAUAAACAACGACUUUAUUGAGUAA